AUGCCCCGAAGGAAGCAAAGCCACCCGCAGCCCGUGAAAUGCGAGGGGGUCAAAGUGGACACCGAAGACUCCCUCGAUGAAGGACCGGGGGCCCUAGUGUUGGAGAGUGAUUUGCUGCUAGGCCAGGAUCUGGAGUUUGAGGAGGAAGAGGAAGAGGAGGAAGGUGACGGCAACAGCGACCAGCUCAUGGGCUUCGAGAGAGACUCAGAAGGAGACUCCAGGCCUGGGCCUCCCUACGGGCUGAGUGACGACGAGUCUGGGGGUGGUCGGGCGCUAAGUGCUGAGAGUGAAGUUGAGGAGCCAGCCAGGGGUCCAGGGGAGGCCAGGGGUGAGAGGCCAGGCUCAGCCUGCCAGCUGUGUGGGGGGCCGACAGGUGAGGGGCCGUGUUGUGGGGCAGGAGGGCCGGGUGGGGAGGCCCCGAUGCCCCCACGGCUACUAUACUCAUGUCGCCUCUGCGCCUUCGUGUCCCACUACUCGAGCCAUCUGAAGCGGCACAUGCAGACACACAGUGGGGAGAAGCCGUUCCGCUGUGGCCGCUGCCCCUACGCCUCAGCCCAGCUCGUCAACCUGACACGACACACUCGCACCCACACUGGCGAGAAGCCCUACCGCUGUCCCCACUGCCCCUUUGCCUGCAGCAGCCUGGGCAACUUGAGGCGGCACCAACGCACCCAUGCAGGGCCCCCCGCUCCUCCCUGCCCGACCUGUGGCUUCCGCUGCUGUGCUCCUCGUCCGACCCGGCCUCCCAGUCCCACAGAGCAGGAGGGGACAGUGCCCCGGGGACCUGAAGAUGCUCUGCUGCUUCCAGAUUUGAGCAUCCACGUGCCGCCAGGAGGUGCCAGUUUCCUGCCGGACUGUGGACAGCUGCGGGGUGAAGGGGAGGGCCUUUGUGGGACUGGAUCAGAACCACUGCCAGAGCUGCUGUUCCCUUGGACCUGCCGAAACUGUGGACAAGAGCUGGAGGAGGGCGAGGGUAGUCGGCUGGGAGCCGCCAUGUGUGGGCGUUGCAUGCGAGGAGAGGCUGGAGGUGCCAGUGGGGGACCUCAGGGCCCUAGUGACAAGGGCUUUGCCUGUAGCCUCUGCCCCUUUGCCACUCACUAUCCCAACCAUCUGGCCCGGCACAUGAAGACACACAGUGGCGAAAAGCCCUUCCGCUGUGCCCGCUGUCCCUAUGCCUCCGCUCACCUGGAUAACCUGAAGCGACACCAGCGUGUCCACACGGGAGAGAAGCCGUACAAGUGCCCCCUCUGCCCCUAUGCCUGUGGCAACCUGGCCAACCUCAAGCGUCACGGUCGCAUCCACUCUGGGGACAAACCUUUUCGAUGUAGUCUUUGCAACUACAGCUGCAACCAGAGCAUGAACCUCAAACGCCACAUGCUGCGGCAUACAGGCGAGAAACCCUUCCGCUGUGCCACCUGCGCCUAUACCACGGGCCACUGGGACAACUACAAACGCCACCAGAAGGUGCACGGGCAUGGUGGCACAGGAGGACCUGGCCUCUCUGCCUCCGAGGGCUGGGCCCCACCUCACAGCCCCACCUCUGUCUUGAGCUCUCGGGGUCCAACGCCCUUGAGCACCGCUGGUAGCCGGGCUCUCCAUACAGACUCACCCUGA